CGGACGGGGCAUGCCGGGAAUAGCAAAGUUCCGUUUCCGGCGAGGGCUGGGCUCUGGAGUCUCCCGCGCGCGUUGGGGCCCCGCGUGAGCGAGUGGACGCGGAACGGGACCGGCCUCGGUGGGGACACCCUGCCCCUCCCCCGGAAGCAGAACCCGUGACCCGGAAGCAGAACCGGGACCCGUAGGGGAGACGUCGCCAUGUCCCUCAUAUGCUCGAUCUCCAAUGAGGUGCCAGAGCACCCUUGCGUGUCUCCGGUCUCAAACCACGUCUAUGAGCGAAGACUGAUUGAAAAGUACAUUGCGGAGAAUGGGACUGAUCCAGUGAAUAACCAGCCACUGUCUGAAGAGCAACUGAUCGACAUCAAAGUUGCCCACCCAAUCCGGCCCAAGCCACCCUCGGCCACCAGCAUCCCGGCCAUUCUGAAAGCCCUUCAGGAUGAGUGGGAUGCCGUCAUGCUGCACAGCUUCACGCUCCGCCAGCAGCUGCAGACCACUCGCCAGGAGCUGUCGCACGCACUCUACCAGCACGAUGCUGCCUGCCGCGUCAUUGCUCGUCUCACCAAAGAGGUCACUGCUGCCAGAGAAGCGUUGGCGACUCUGAAACCCCAGGCUGGCCUCAUAGUCCCCCAGGCUGUGCCGUCCUCCCAGCCAAACAUCACGGGUGCUGGCGAGCCAAUGGAUCUGGGAGAGCUGGCGGGCAUGACCCCGGAGAUCAUCCAGAAGCUUCAAGACAAAGCCACGGUGCUGACCACGGAGCGUAAGAAGAGAGGCAAGACAGUUCCAGAGGAGCUGGUGAAGCCAGAGGAGCUCAGCAAGUAUCGACAGGUGGCCUCACAUGUGGGCUUGCAUAGCGCUAGCAUCCCAGGGAUCCUCGCUCUGGACCUCUGUCCUUCCGACACCAACAAGAUCCUCACCGGCGGGGCGGAUAAAAAUGUCAUUGUCUUUGACAAGAGUUCGGAGCAGAUCCUGGCGACUCUCAAAGGGCACGCCAAGAAGGUCACCAGCGUAGUGUUCCAUCCGUCUCAAGAGCUGGUGUUCUCUGCUUCUCCCGAUGCCACUAUCCGGAUCUGGUCGGUCCCAAGCGCCACUUGCGUGCAGGUUGUCCGGGCCCAUGAGAGCGCUGUGACAGGGCUGAGUUUACAUGCCACGGGUGACUAUCUCCUGAGCUCCUCUGAUGACCAGUACUGGGCUUUCUCUGAUAUCCAGACAGGCCGUGUCCUCACCAAGGUCACAGAUGAGACCUCUGGCUGCGCUCUCACCUGUGCUCAGUUCCACCCCGAUGGGCUUAUUUUUGGGACAGGGACUAUGGACUCUCAAAUCAAGAUCUGGGACUUGAAGGAACGCACCAAUGUGGCCAACUUCCCAGGGCACUCUGGUCCCAUCACCAGCAUCGCAUUCUCAGAGAAUGGCUACUACCUGGCCACGGCCGCUGACGACUCCUCCGUCAAACUCUGGGAUCUGCGCAAGCUCAAGAACUUCAAGACGCUGCAGCUAGACAAUAACUUUGAGGUGAAGUCCCUCAUAUUUGACCAGAGCGGUACCUACUUGGCCCUGGGCGGCACGGACGUCCAGAUCUACAUCUGCAAGCAGUGGACGGAGAUCCUCCACUUCACAGAACACAGUGGUCUGACUACGGGUGUGGCCUUUGGCCACCAUGCUAAAUUCAUCGCUUCCACGGGCAUGGACAGGAGCCUGAAGUUCUACAGUCUGUAACCUCUUUUCCUAGGAUCUGGGGGGAUUGGUUGUGUCCUUUACUGUAGUGUUGGGAUUACUGGGGGGAGGUAACGGGUGGGUGGGGUUAUCAUUGCUUUACUUUGAAGUAUCGGGGAGGCCAACCUAGCGCACCCCCUUCCCUGUGCUCAAAGGCUUUGUCUUUCCAGCUUUGAUUCUGUUCUGUGAUUGUAACAAAUGAAAUGGAACCAAACCCCUCCACUGACAGACAGCUGUGAAUGAGAGACUGGGUGGGGGAAAAGAGUGGGGUGGCACAGGAAGGGAGAGAGGGGGGGAUGGGGAAUGUGCAUUUUUUUUGUAAGCAGCUAUCUACUUUCAUUAAAAAAGAUAAAAAUAAAGAACAUUGAACCCUCAUGGGGUGUGGGAGUUGUGUGUACCUCCUCCCUGAUGAGCUGUGAGGUAGCACAUGCUGGGGAAAGAACCCCUAGACCUUGGGCAAGGGGAUCUAAGGAUAAGAGAUAGUAUCCAUGUCAUCGGAAUCCCUUCUGAGUGCUCCCAGUGCUGUUUGAAUAGUGAUGACUGGAAGAGAAGUGGGAGCCUGCGUAGGGUCAGUAUGCCCUGGCCCCUUUUUGCUUCAGUUCUCAGCUGAUGAGUAAAGUCUUGGUACCUGGAUGAGUUGUGAAAUUAUCAACCUCCUUUGAGUUUGUGGGAUAGCACUGGACUUGCUGUAGCUUCUUGUACGAACAGGCUCUUGCUGUUUCUCACGUGGCCCUCAGCUUGUGAUCUCCAAAUGCCUUUAAAAAUAUGAAUCCUCCCCAGUCCUCUGCAAAGUAGGUACGGAACGUAUCACAAUCCCAUGUUAUAGCAAGGGCAGAAAACAUGGCAGAAGUCAUGUAGCAGGGCUGGGAGUACCAGGCUGCAGGCCUGAAGCCCUAGCCCGUGAUCUAACCACCAGAUCAGGCCCCUACAGCAAUUCACAGAAUUUAGUUUUGGUGCAGUUUGAACACUGAAGAUGAAAUGGGUCAUUUUAGUGGGGUUUGAAAGGGAUUUGUCAAAAGGUGGCCCUGCUGAAGCCCAGGACUAGUACCCCUGCUUCUGUUUCCCCAGAAAUAGUACUGAAAGACUUUCCAAAUGUGCAUAACCCUUGCAGGGUUAAUUUAUUACAAGAAACCACCACAGGAGUCCAGAAUUCCCCCACACAGUCCAAAUUGUAUCUGCAACACACCAAGUACGCUGCUGGUCUCUCAUCCUGCUCAGACUCCAGGACAGCUCUGGUGUCUCAUCACACCUCAUGCCCAGCUUUCAGCCUCACCUGGCUCUGAGUGCAAGCCAGCUUACCCUGUUGUUGCCUUCAGCCUCCUCUGGUGCAGGAAGGGCAGCAGGCCCAGGCCCAGCUCCUCCAUUGGCUUCCUGACACUUCCUCCCUCUCUCCAAGGAGGGUCUGCAGUGCGCAUUCCCUGCAGACCUCUUGCCCAUUUCCUGAUUGAGUCUGUCCGCAGGCCUGCCCCCAUUUACAGAGCCUAUGUGCCCUCUCUUAAAAUCCACUUAGGAAGCAGCUCAUUAGCCACAGGUGUGCUGGCUUCUCCCCUCAGAGGAGUCGUUGGUACCACUUCAGCAGCUGCCUUUUCCUUAGAGUGGAUCUGCUCAGCACCUCUGUGUGUGAAAGCCAGUGAGAUCCUUGCCUCAGUGGUAGCUGCAGGCAUGGUUGAAGGAGCCUUAUUCAAACACCCAUCUCGCUAUCACAGCAGCAUCUCAAGCAGCCAUUAGGGCUAGAUCCUGCUGUGGGGCAAGAAUCAGUCCUACCCUCCAUCUUAUUCAGCACUGGUAUGAAGCCAACUGGGGUGCUGUCAAGAUUCUAAUCUCCUUCCCAGCAGCUGUAAGCAGCACCAUUUUGCAGGGCUUAGCAAACUGACACUGAAAGCCAGAGGGAUGAAAAGUCCUUUGAACCCAUUUUGAAGGCAGCUGCCCUUUGACUCGACACCCAUAAGGUUGUGCUCCUCUAUGAAAUGGCAGCAAUAGGGAUUGAGUGAAGGAACCUUUGGCUCUUAACACAUGAGCAUCUAUCUCCUGCGUCAGCCAGUAGAGUUAUCUUUGUUAGCCCUGGCUGUAGUAGGCUCUCUAUAGCCAGUUACCACUAGAGGGCCAGAGAGCUAUGCUGAGUGGGAAUAAGUUACAUACACAAGGUGCUGGACUUUCCAGGUCCUUUAGAUUCCCCACCCACCUCCCAUUUAUGAUUGGCCAGAAGACAUGUACCCCACCCUCACAGUUCUGGCUUCAGUGAUUCAUGCAUCUGUGACCUUCAUGUCUGGUCACUGCAGUUCAUAGUUAGCAGUGACCUGAUGCAGAACUCAUCUGCACCUUGCUGUGUACACAUCACACAGAUGCUAUUCUCUGCACAUGACUUCCCACUGAGCUAAGGGCUCUCAGUUUCCAAAACCCUGCAGGGGAAGUGGGCCUCAGCCACCUGCGAUCACUUUCCUUCUGGGAGCUCUUGUGUGCCAUCAGAAACUGUGGAUUGGUGAUAAGUUGUACAGUCAACUGCUGGACCACACCUUGGUUGUUGGGUCUCUUGUAUACAUUUCAUACAAAACCAAGGUCAUGCAGGUUUAUUGCUAAAAGUCUAUAACAGUACACAGAAAGGUUCAGUGGGCUAUCAGUUUCUGGGAAGCCAUCUCCUGGAGCAUUGUUUAAUUCACCUUACCCAGGUGACGCAUUUCAGCUAGGAGUAUUUUCCAAGUUACAAAACUCUUUACACAUCACUGACAAACCCUUUCCUAACUUGUUCCUUGUCUUCCUCAUUUUUGUUUUAGAUACUAGUAUUCCAGCUACUGGUCUGGGAGGGUAUCACCCCAGCUGGUACUGGGGCAGAACAUUAAUGCAUUUUGUCUUUGACACUUACUUUUGCAUGCAAAAGCUGACUUCAGCAUUACGGGAUACUUGACAAGGGUGAAUAGAAUGGACAUGGAAAGAGUAUAAUACAUUUGGUUAACUGCCCAACACCCCCUAUAUUUAUUGAUACCAUGUACUUAAUACUUAUUAACACUCCAUGGGGGAGGCUCACAGGAGACAGAACCUUCCCUGGAGCCAGCUUGAGAAUAUGGAACUUGCUGGGACCUGAAAUAAUUUGUACUUGCAUUACAGUAGCACCUCAAGGCUCCCACUGAUCAGGGCCACAUUGUGUGAGGCUGUGCCAUGCUCAGCAAGAGACCCUGCAACUGAAGCGUGGAAUUCCCAGAAGGGCCUGAGAUGAUUGGGUGCCUAAGGCCCAGGGAGAAUCAGUGCGGUUCCCUGGAAAACCCCAGUCUAAUUCAACAAGCCAGGUAGUGCAAGAAAUGCAGCAUCAUUCCGCAUUGGUAAAAUGAGGAUCAGAGGAACAGACACACUUGCCCAAGCUCACAUGGUGGUAAAGGUGAGCAAUUGAUCCUGUAUCUCUUGCCUUCCACAGCUGCCUCUUACCCCCAGGACUCCAUCUCUCUAACUUUGCCAGGACUACUCUUCAUGCCUUUUUUUUUUUAAACCUCCAGAAUUGUCAGGGUGUGUUUCAAAACCUCAGCCCUGUUGCUCUGUGACAACACCCUACCUCACACAUCCCCUGGAACUGUCCCCUGCCCUGUACUCUGUUUCUUUGUUUAGGAGGCCAUCAUAAACCUUGCCCUGCUCACAUGGACACCUAGCUAUCCUCAAGUGCAAAGCCAAGCCUAGUUGUUUACAAGCACACCAUCAGCUAAGCUUUCAUGAUAGGUCUGCAGGAAGUUUGGUAGAAAAAGGCUGACCCCAUUUUAAAAGCAUUUCCUCUCAGACCUCUUUCUUGGACAGAUGAUGGCAUCUGACCUGUUUAUUAAUUAAUCUAGAUCACUGUGAUACUUGCACUGAGGUGGCUGUUUUCAGAUAUGGUGCCCCAACUGUGGAGGGCAGUGUUGCUACAUUGGAGCUAGUAGUUAGCUCUAGGGAACCGUGAGUGGCUAAUGUUUGAUCAGCCUCUAUGGUAGCCUGGUGGAAGAGUUAACAGCACGGUUCUGGGUGGGUGCAGAAUGAGUGGAAGAUAGCCCUCUCACCAUUUCUUCAGGAAGUUUUUUGAUGGUUGUUUCCCCACAACCUUGACCAGCAGUUUCUGCUAUGGGGAUUGCAUUCACUAUCCUCUAUAAAACCAUCAUUGCAUUCUAACAGUUCUAGCAUACAUAGAAUUAAAGGCCAGAAUUAAAGCUAGUCUGACCUCCUGUGUGUGUCAGACCAUUAAAUGUCAACUAGUUACCUCUAGAUGUAAAGCCCUGUGUGCAUACAAGAUUUUUAUGGCAUCCAAUCCACAAAAAUGGCCUGCAAGUAUCUAUCCUAUGGAGCUCAAUCACUUGCUUCACUAAAGUCUAACUUCUAGAAAGAGGUCCAUCUAGUCUUGAGAGGAAGACAGAGGCAUGCUGUAGUAUCAGCCAAUGUUUCCUUCUAGGCCCUUUGAGUUGGGGAGCAGAAUUAGAGUUCAUUUGAGGCAGACCAUGGAGAAUAAGGAGACUGGGAAGGAUAGGGUCCAAACUAUCCACCCCCCACAUCUCUUGUCCUGGAGAAAGGCUUUUCUGAAGUUCCUCAUUGGAGCUGGGAGCUGAAGGUGGCUCUUCCUACUAUCUCCAGGUUCCUCCCCACAUUUGUAACCUAGCCUGGGCAUGGACAGUGUUGCUAGCUACCUUAGCACAACCGUAGGAAGUUGUGACACCCAGGAAAA